AUCGUGUGUUAUCUUCUCGUUAAAUAGCGAUUAUAUACUUCGCAUAAAGAGUUGAUAACUAAACUAAACUUUAUAACUGUUGGUGUUUUUCAAUCGCCACACAAAACAAAAAACAUUAUUUAAUUGACAAUAAAAUGUUUCGUUUGAUAGAGAAUUGGCCGCAGUUUAGAGCAACGAUUGUCAAUAUAAACAUGGAUUUGCAUUCAUUCGUCCGAUCCAUUCGUACCAAUAAUAAUAAUAACGGCUCCAAAACGUCGACCGCCAGUAGUAGUCAAACUCAACGCGAGUUUGUGGCCGAGUGUCACGCCGACCGACCCGCCAGACUCGACCGACUCCUCGAACAGGACUCAGUGCCGAUGGAAGUGCAGGUCAGCAACUCGUGGUCGUUGGUCAACAAGAGUCCGCACAUCAAUAUCCGCAACGAAGGUAUGGUUGGAAAGCGCCGACCGGUGGCCAAAUCGACGGACUGUAUGCGCGGUCGUGUCGGCUAUACUAACGGACUUCAUGUGUGGACAAUCAAAUGGCCGGCCGACUGUCGGGGCACUCACGCUAUGGUAGGCGUGGCCACAGAGGCCGCUCCCCUACACACCACAGGUUAUUGUUCGCUCGUCGGGUCUAAUGAAGAGUCGUGGGGUUGGGAUUUGGUCCGCAACAAGUGUUACCAUAACAUGACUGAACAAACGUAUCCCAAUUGGUUGACGGGUAACGAGAUCUUUGACAUUCCGGACGAGUUGAUGGUAGUGUUGGACAUGGAUUCGGGAACUCUCGGCUUCAUCGUUGACCACAUCUAUUUGGGCGUCGCCUUCGACGGCCUGAAAGGCAAAAAGCUAUUCCCUGUGAUCAGCACCGUUUGGGGCAACGGCGAGAUCGGCAUCAAAUACGAGUCCUGUCUGGAGCCGAACCCCCUUCUGCUGCGCGAGUGCUGUCGUCAAGUGAUCCGCAAGACUGCGGGGAAGGAACGGAUCAAUCGGAUCAGAUCUGAGAUAGUUUUGCCCAACAAAUUGAAGAAUUAUAUAAUUCAGUGAUAAAUUUGUAUUUUCAUGAAAGACUGUGACCUAACUCUUGUAGACAUACUGACAGACGGACUGAUAAUACAAGAAACUAUUUGAUGAUCGCAUUCACAAUCACUAUAAUGUCUAUUCAUUGUGUCUGUGUUUGUAUCGGAAGUCAACACUUUAUUUAUUUAUAAUCUCUUCUCUCAUCAAUUAAAUCGACGAUUAUAUCGUUGUUUUACGGAAUAUAUUAUACAUUAUAUGUGUAUCAAAACUAAUCAUUCGUUUUUCAUU